AUGUCGACCUCCUCCGGUGAAACCAUUGCCGUCUCUGAUUCUCAAAAUUUGCUUACCAUCAACAUGACCAAUGUUACUAAGCUUAUCGGCACCAACUUUCUGAUGUGGAGCCGUCAAGUCUAUGCUCUCCUCGACGGAUACGAUCUCACUGGUUAUCUCGACAACACCGUUGAGGUUCCACCACUCACUCGAACUGUUGCCGGCGUCACAUCUGACAAUCCUGACUACAAGAUCUGGAAACGUCAAGACCGUCUCAUUUACAGUGCUCUCCUAGGUGCCAUCACGGUGUCUGUCCAGCCGCUGCCCUCCACCACCACGACAUCAGCUGAGAUUUGGAGUACUCUUUCCUCGAUCUACGCAGCUCCGAGUCGUGCUCAUGUUCAACAGUUGAAACAACAGAUCCAAAUUUGGGUCAAAGGCGAGAAGUUAAUCGAGGAGUACUUCCAAGGCCUUACUACACGGUUUGAUAAGUUGGCUCACCUUGGGAAGCCGAUGGAGCUCGAUGAUCAGAUCGAGAAGAUUCUUAAGGGACUCCCCGAUGAGUAUCGUCGUGUCAUUGAUCAGCUUGAAGGUCGUGAACGUACUCCUUCGCUCCCUGAAGUGUUUGAGAAACUUCUUCAUCACGAAGUUACAUUGAAGAAUAUGGUCGUAGGUUCUUCGUCACUUCCCGCAACAGCGAAUGCUGUUCAUGUUCGUGGUCACCGUGGACAGUCACGCUCACAUAAUCGCAACCACCAGCCGUGGCAAUCACAACAAUCGUUCCAACCGCGUCAUCACAACUCUGCUCCACGUGGUUAUCAAGGACGCUGUCAGAUUUGUGGUGUUCAUGGCCAUAGCGCUCGCCUUUGUUCGCAGCUUCAACUCUCCGGUAGCCACUAUAACACGGUCUCACCUAACACACCGUCUCCUGUAUCAUGGCAGCCUCGUGCUAACCUGGCCGAAGCUAAUCCUUGGAUUCUUGAUUCGAGCGCAACACACCAUCUCACAACGGAUUUGAGCAAUCUCUCUCUUCAUCGUCCAAUGGGGGUGAAGAGGUCACCAUCGCUGACGGUACCGGACUUUCUAUCUCGCAUAUGGGUUCCACACAUCUCCCUACUUCCUUUAAACCUCUAA